GCACGAGUGUAUGAACCAACCAGGAAAAGUAACAUGAAAAUUUGGCAAAUUGCAAUCAAGUUAAAACAUAUAAUUGGGUACUUUCGUAUCAGGUUUCCUACUUUUUUUCCUUUCAGUUUUCUGUUUCUUUUCUUUUCACUUCGCUGUGAGGUUGACGCAAAGACUGAGGUCAAGCCACUAACACACACUACACUUGGCGCGCAUUUUUUUCCAUGGGAAACCGCUUAUCCGAAGUCGCCGCAGGCCGCGCCGCCAUCGGCGGCAUCGCCGCCGAUUUUCUCAAUCUGGCCGCCGCUCCAAUCGACGCUGUCGAGAACUUCCUCAGGUCCCGCGGCCACCACGGCCUCUUCUCUCAGAUCGAGUUAUCGUUUUCCGCUUCUGGCUUGCGUGAUCGUGAUGUGCUCUUCAAGAGUAAUCCAAUGAUGGUUCUUUAUGCAAGAGGAAAAAAUGGAGCACUUGAGGAGCUUUGCCGCACGGAAGUAGUUCUGAAUUCAUCAAGUCCAAGAUGGAUUACUAAACACACCCUCAUUUAUCAUUUUGAGGUUGUUCAGGUUUUAGUGUUUCGUGUGUAUGAUGUUGAUACUCAGUUUCACAAUGUAGAUAUAAAGAUGCUUGAUCUAGAUGAACAGCAAUUUCUUGGCGAGGCAACCUGUGCACUAUCUCAGAUAAUCACACAACCUGAUAAGUCAUUGACUAUAGAUCUAUACACAGAAGAUUCUGUCGGAUCUACCCUUUCCAAAAACUGUGGGAAACUCAUGGUGCAUGGUGAGGAAUGUAUUAGCUCAAAGACUGCAAUAGAGAUGGUAUUCAGGUGUUCAGAUUUGGAAUACAAGUAUCUCUUCUCAAGAACUGACCCCUUUUUAUUGAUAUCAAAAGUUGUGGAGGCUGGUGCCCAAAUUCCAAUUUGCAAAACAGAAGUUAUAAGGAAUGAUCUCAACCCAAUAUGGAAAUCGGUGUUUGUGAAUAUUCAACAAGUGGGAAGCAAGGACAGUCCUUUGAUAAUAGAGUGCUAUAACUUUAAUAGCAAUGGAAAACAUGAUUUAAUGGGAAAAGUGCAGAGAUCUUUGGUGGAGUUGGAGAACAUUCAUAAUAAUGGCCAAGGAGAAAAUUUAUUUUUGCCUUCUGCUGAUGGACAAAACCAUGAUAACAAGGUGUUGAAGAGCCAACUAUUUGUGGAAAAAUUUACUGAAAGUGUCCAAUAUACUUUCUUGGAUUACUUGGCGGGGGGAUUUGAAUUGAAUUUCAUGGUGGCUGUUGACUUUACAGAAGUUCAACAUAAAUUCACAAUUGCUGCACUAGUGGAGGAGUCUGGAUGUGUCCUGUUUACCUUGAGGAACCAUUUGUGGGUUCCACAAAAUGCUAAUCCUCUAAGGCCAUUGUUGUCAGGCUCAACAGCUGCUUCAAAUGGAAAUCCACGCCUUCCAGAUUCUUUGCAUUAUAUUGAUCCUUCAGGACGACCAAAUGCAUACCAGAGGGCAAUUGUCGAGGUUGGGGAAGUGUUACAGUUGUAUGAUUCAGACAAACGAUUUCCUACUUGGGGAUUUGGAGCACGACCAAUUGAUGGUCCUGUUUGCCAUUGUUUCAACUUGAACGGAAGUAGUCAUUACUGUGAAGUGGAAGGGAUCCAAGGAAUUCUGAUGGCUUACACAAGUGCCCUGCUUAAUGUAUCUCUUGCAGGACCUACACUUUUUGGACCGGUCAUAAGCACUGCUGCACUGAUUGCCAGCCAAUCUGUAGCAAAUGGUGGAAGAAAGUACUUUGUUUUAUUAAUAAUCACAGAUGGAGUAGUGACAGAUCUCCAAGAAACAAAAGAUGCUAUUGUCAAAGCAUCUGACCUGCCAUUGUCAAUCCUUAUUGUUGGGGUAGGAGGAGCUGAUUUCAAAGAAAUGGAGGUUUUGGAUGCAGACAAGGGAGAGAGGCUAGAAAGUUCAUAUGGACGCGUUGCUUCACGUGAUAUAGUCCAAUUUAUUCCAUUUCGGGAGGUUCAAAGUGGACUUUCAGUUGUUCAAGCAUUUCUAGCAGAAUUACCGGCUCAAUUUUUAACUUACGUGAGGAGCAGAAAUAUCCAGCCGAACCUCUAGACAUGUAAAAACUGUACAUAAAGUUUUCUAUUCCAUUGGUCAUUGUGCAAUUUGGAGGUCCUUUUCAGUGUUUCAAUCAACGAAUUCGGCUAAAGAGCUGAGGAACUGUUGCUUUGUGCUAAUAAACGGCUCAUGAAAGGUUCGCCCUCGAGCUGUCUUAUCCAAAGGAUAUGUUUGAUGGAGCCUUAUGAUUGACAUUUCCUUUUCUUUUUUGUGCACGUGUCCUUUUGGGUUUUCCUAGAUGAUUGGUUUUGGUUUGUCUGAAAAUAGUAACACUACAGAUUGAAAUCAAUGAUUUCUUCCAAAUGAGGACAAAUCUUAGUCCUUAUGUCUACACUUUAUGAUAUGAUUUUAAUGGAGAUCCAAUAAUUUGGGGAUGUCUUUAGAUAGCAUUA